GGGAGGGGGGCGGGUCAGAGGCCCUCGGCGUGGGAGUGCUGCGUUCGUAAGGGACCGAGGCGACUCCGCCGGUACCGCAUGCGUGGUUGGUGACUGUCUCCAGAUGCAGAGGCGCCUGCUUCCUUGGCACAGGCAGGUCCUGAACUGUAGUUGGAGUAGAUUGUGCCUUCUAAAGCGACACCUAUUUACAAUGAAGUUGCAGUCUCCAGAAUUCCAGUCACUUUUCACGGAAGGCUUGAAGAGCCUGACAGAAUUAUUUGCCAAAGAGAAUCAUGAAUUAAGAAUAGCAGGAGGAGCAGUGAGGGAUUUACUAAAUGGGGUGAAGCCUCAAGAUGUGGAUUUUGCCACCACUGCCACCCCUACUCAGAUGAAGGAGAUGUUCCAGUCAGCUGGUGUUCGCAUGAUAAACAACAAAGGAGAGAAGCAUGGGACGAUCACUGCCAGGCUUCAUGAAGAAAAUUUUGAAGUUACUACACUCCGGAUUGAUGUCACCACUGAUGGAAGACAUGCUGAGGUAGAAUUUACAACUGACUGGCAGAAGGAUGCCGAACGAAGAGAUCUCACCAUAAACUCUAUGUUCCUAGGUUUUGAUGGUACCUUGUUUGAUUAUUUUAAUGGUUAUGAAGAUUUAAAAAAUAAAAAAAUUCGAUUUGUCGGACAUGCUAACCAGAGAAUUCAAGAAGACUAUCUUCGAAUUUUAAGAUAUUUCAGGUUUUAUGGCAGAAUUGUGGACAAACCUGGUGACCAUGACCCCGAGACUCUAGAAGCGAUUGCAGAAAAUGCCAAAGGCUUGGCUGGAAUAUCAGGAGAGAGGAUUUGGAUAGAACUGAAGAAAAUUCUCACUGGGAACCAUGUAAACCAUUUGAUCCACCUGAUCUAUGAUCUUGAUGUGGCUUCUCACAUAGGUUUACCUGCUAAUGCAAAUUUAGAGGAAUUUAACAAAGUCAGUAAAAAUGUUGAAGGUUUUUCACCAAAGCCAAUGACUCUUUUGGCCUCUUUAUUCAAAGUACAAGAUGAUGUCACAAAACUGGAUUUGAGAUUGAAAAUUUCAAAAGAAGAGAAAAACUUGGGUUUAUUUAUAGUUAAAAACAGGAAAGACUUGAUUAAAGCAACAGAUAGUUCAGAACCACUGAAACCAUAUCAAGACUUCGUUAUAGAUUCAAGGGAACCGGAUGCAAUUGCUCGUGUAUGUGAGCUGCUGAAGUACCAAGGAGAGCAUGGUCUGCUCAAGGAGAUGCAGCAGUGGUCUGUCCCGCCAUUCCCCGUGAGUGGACAUGACAUCCGGAAAGUGGGUAUUUCUUCAGGAAAGGAAAUUGGAGCCCUGUUACAGCAGUUGCGUGAACAGUGGAAGAAAAGUGGUUACCAAAUGGAAAAAGAUGAACUUCUGAGUUAUAUAAAGAAGACCUAAAAUGAGCUCCAUAUGAAAUAGUGGGAAAUCUUGGUAAGACUGGUUUUAUCUCCUUCUGUUUCUUACUUAAAUCCUAAGAAACAGCAGCAAGAAAAAAUUCUUGUAUAGCAGUAUAGAAAAACUGAGCAAGUCUAUGUCCUCUCAAUACAGGUUUAACUCUGAAUUCUCCAAGUCUCUAGGAGUAGUGCUGAUGAGAAAAUUGUAGCUGUCACUUGUUUAGACUGGAUGUGGUAACUGUCAACACUUGUGUGUGCUAAAUAACUAGUUAAUGUUGUCUUAGCUGUUCGCUGAGUUUUAAAAUUAAUCCACAGUGCCAUUCAUUUAUACAGGACUUUGUGAUUUCCUUAUGUGUGCAAAGGAAAUCUAUCAGGUCCCACAGAUAGUGAGCACAAGUAUUUAUUUUACUAAUUAGAUGGAUAUGGUUUAGAGUUUGAUAAAAUCACUCAUGACGAAGCCCAAAUAAGAGGGAGUUUAACCAUGGAGCUCCUUCUGUUGUCACUACCUGCCUAAGCAUGUAGGAAGUAUACAGAUGGAGUGCUAUCCUUUAAACAGUACUGUCAGCAAGUAAUGGUAAACAGGUAAAAGUAUGGAUCAUGAGAGUACACUGCACAAGGACAAAACAGAAUUCCCUCACUUUAUGACUACAGCUUAAAUGAACUCAAGUGGAACUUAAAAAGUGACAUUGAGGAGUUACAUUUUAUUACUGUACUUCAAAUUUUACUUAAUUACUUUUUGACUUACAUAAUUCAACUAAAGUGCAGGUUUGGACAUAGGUAUUAAGUUUUGGUACGUUUUAUUUAAAGAUGCCCUUUAAUUGCUUUAACCUUUAUUUCCUAAAGGACGUAAUCCCAGAAAGAUAUACUGUUCACUUAAAUGCAAAAUGCAUAUAUAUUACUAUUUAAAGGGUCUUACACAUGACGGUUAUCAAAUAAAUAGUGCAAAUACACAAAAUGCUAUUUUUUUCUGUUCAAACUGCUUAUUUUACUCUUUAAUAUUUUCAAAAUUUACAAAUUAGUAUCUCAGACAAGCUAAAGAAAAUUAAAAGGACUUUGUUCCUUUCAAAAUAAUAUACACUGCUUUGCCUCUGUCUUGUGCUUGCCAACUGAGCUGGAACAUUCAUCAUUUAGUGGAGCUGUGCCCUAAUCCUGUUCCAUAGUCAUUCUCAUCAUUUCAAACAUCAAUGACACAUAUUCAACAGGAUAAUUAAUGGCACCAAGCUACUAAAGCUGAUACUUCUGAAUCCAACCUUGUGUUUUAUUCUGCUUUUUCAUCCUCUGAACAAGUGUGCUCUUGAACUUGGUAGUCAAAUGCUGUAACCACUAUACACAUAUCAGAGACAGUGACCUCUGGAGCAGAUCUGACUUGAGAAAAUAAUUCGUUAGGAAGUUACUCCUACAAUGCACUUACAAACAAAGUAUUACUUUGUCUGGACUUAUUUCAUCUUCAGUUUCUGGAAUUGUGGGUAACAGAGCAGAGCGAGUUAAGCCCCAGAACUUUUGAGGUGACAUAUCUUUUUUGGUGGCUGUAAAUUUCCAUCCAAUGUGGCUCGCACAAAUCUUACACUGGGCAAUGGUCCAUGCAUACCUACGAAAUGAAGGAAAACACAAGCUAAGCAACCUAUUUUUAUUUUAACCUUUGAUCUAGGCUUGUCAGGAAAUUUCUCUGAAACCUCAUGAAUUUACAAAGCUACCUUACCAAUAUUGUAUUGAUACUAUGAUUUGAUAAUUUUAUCACUAUAAGUUUCUUUAUAUUGCUGUUUGCAGAGGACUGCAUCAGUCCAGGCUUAAUCUCACUGCUUUCUACUACAUUAUUGUUAGAGAACAGCAAUCUUGGAGAUACAGAUGAUGUAAAGGAAAGAGCCCAUGACCUCCCUGAAAAUAAGGCACUUCUGUUCUCAAGUUAGCAAGUUGGAGUAUUCUGCAUUUAAUGUUUACAUUAACAUAUUUUGUUAGUUUUACAGUCUUCAAGAAUGAUGUCAAAUAAAAGGUUUUUUUUUCCAGGUGCAGUAAAAUCACUAAUCCCCAAUUCCUCUGCCACUUUCAAAGUAAAGGUGUGGCCCAGAAUAAAGCAGGCUAGAUAAACCAAGAUUUUCUGGUUUUUACAUCUCAUUAUGUCCCUGCUUAAGGCCUUUGAGUCACAUAUCAGUGGAUCAACCAAUAGUUGUAGUUACAGUGGAUCAUAAAGUUCUGCAGUGAGCUGACAGAUACUUCAGUUUUUAACCCUAACAUAUGCAACGAUACACACACACCAAGUUCAUUUCUACCUAUUGAUGAAAUGAAGAUUAGUUAAAAUUAUUCCUGUCAUAUUUGUUUUGUAUCAUUUCUAGACGCUACACUGAAGACUAAACGAGGAGUCAGUAAAAAACAGUGAACACAACCACAUUACCCAGGAAACCAGCUGUGUACUGUAGAAGGCCGACCUAUCAGAUUCAGGUUGGAAGCUUUAUACACAGUCAGUGUCUCAUGUACAUAUCCAUGAGGGUUCACAUAUGCUGCCAUUGGACCACAUAGGGAUAAACUGUAACAAAGAAGUAGUAUGAAGAAUAAGAUAAUGAAAAGAAAAAAACAGUAACUCCAAUUUUUCCUUCCUGGGAUAUAUUUAGCUUUAUUAUUAUAUUCAAUAUAUAAUAUAUAUAUAUUAAUCUUUGAAUUUUGUAUAUACAAGAGAUUGGCAGAUAUUCUAUUAUUGCUUGAAAAUUUUCUUUGGUGAUUCCAGGGAAACACUAUUAUUUAAAAAGCCUAAUAAAAAGGUCAUAUUUAUUCAUCUUUGGACAGUUAGAUGCUUUGAAGACAUCAGUUUCCUUUCUUGAUUUACUGUCUUAUUUUAUAAUUCUACUGAAUUCAUCAAAGUGUUAAACUCCUGUAUCACAGCAUUAACACAUACUCAGGCAUGCCCUAUUUUGGUCAUUUGUAGCAUAACUAGUUGAAAGAUAAUGCUUGAAGCACUCAUCUUGUCAGAAGAUACAGUACCUCAAGCUUAAAACAAAACUUGAGGGAAAAAUAUAUUGUAUAUAUAUUGUAGAUAUUUCCAGCCUGGGAGACAGCCUUACCCAAGCCAAGUUAACUCCCUGUGUUUAUUUUCUUUAUUGAGUAUAUUUUUUAGGCACUGGAAGAAAAAUUUUAAAAGGAAGUUGAAAAUGUAUUGAGAGGUAUACUAAAUGUAAUAAAGAGCUUACCUAAA